AUGACAGGUUGGCCAGGUUCACGUCGUCUGUCUUCAAGCCGAGAGAGUGACAGCAUCAAUGAUGCACAAUUCGAUCCCCUUCACUCUGCUGCUGUCAGUCCAUGGGACAAUGUCACCCCAGCAGCAACUCCAAUGGAACCUCAUCGACCACAACAACGGCACAAGAAGAAUGAGGAAUUACACCACCCAGCUCCACCAAUUGCUCCUCGAAAAAUCUCCAUCGGUCCUAUUCGCCCAGUGAAAGUACCGUGGCUUGUGCGUGACCGCAGCCCAGUUAAGCCAGCCGUUCCAAUCGUACCAGCGUUUCCACCAAAACCGAAAAAAAUAGCUCCGCUACACUCAGUGAAGAUCGCCCGAGCAGGCUGGAGUCGCGCGGACAGACUCAAUGCACAGCCUGUCGUUCACGCUUAUCAAGAAUUAUUAAAGCAGACUGAAGCGAUGGAAUUGGAAUCCGCCGAGAACGCUGAAAAGAGGCAAAUGGAUGACGCUGCCUAUCGCAUGGGACUGGCAAACAUCUCGGAUGAAAUGGUCCGCAAGCAGAAGGACCUCAUCCGCUUUCACACGUUUAAGAACGAAGUGGACAUCUUCCAACAGCACCUGGUUCCUUUUAUCUUUGACAUCCGCUCCGAGCAUGAGCGACAAGUCAACUCGAGCGUUUAUCGUCACUUCAACCGCAUGAGAGCAAUCCAGGACAUGGGUAUCCCCAUCUAUAGCCUUGGCGAAUACCUAUUCGAGGACUCGGAUCGUAUCAUUACUGCUCGCACCAAAGACACGUUAUACCGCCGAAUCCGACGUCGCAGCGCUGCACAUUUCAUCGACACGGAACUCAUUCCUCGCCCGGAGCGACAUCGCGGCUCCGUUGUUCAAGCGACAAGCUUGAAUAACUAACUGUUAGCUCCUGCCAUUCUCCAAAGAGGGCAUUAUUUGGUGGUAAAAUUUAUUUAUCAGACACAAAUGAAAUGAAAAAAAAAACAAAGUCCAAAGGUGCCAAGGG